AAGGAUGAAUGAAUCUAAAAGAAAAAAAGUUGUAAAUUACUUUCGUUACGCAAAAAAGAUUGACAAUUAUUUAACCAUAAGAUAAGUUAUCUUUGCUGCGCGUUAAAUUUUAUUUAACUCGUAAGCGUAAGCGGUAAGCCGUGAAGAGAAAUGAUCCGGUGCACUGCCGGCGUAGGCUUACGCACCAUCAAACUGCUUUAUCAGGAAGCUUAGACGGAUGUAAACCGUGAAUCCCAUAUGUUAAUUGGCGGGAGAUUUCUUCAUUUUUCCGAAUUUUUUCUAGGGCACAUCUUCCAGUUGUGGGAGCACGGAGACUCUCUCUCUCUCUCUCUCUAAAAUUCUAGGGGAAGCUUGGUGGUUGCAGAAGCAUUCGCCAUGGAGGAUGCAGCCCAACCUUCCGAAAUCACCACUCGCCGCUCGAAGAGAGCUAGGGUUCCUGCUAAGACCAAAUUCGGAGAGAACCAGAGCCAAGACAGGACCAGCGAACCCAGCGAUCAGAGCCCUAGUGAGGCGGACCGAGAGGGAUCCGUCGAUGAAUUCGUCGAACCUCGCGCAAGGGCUAAGAGAAAUCGAACAGAAGGGUCCUCUACCGCGGCUAAGAAAUUCGACCAGAGCUUGAUUGAGGUUAUCAAAGGAAAUGGAAAACUCAUUCCUCAAGUGGUAAAGCUUUGGGUUGAGCAAUAUGAAAAGGAUCCAAAACCUGCAAUGGUUGAACUCUUAAUGAUGCUGUUUGAGGCAUGUGGAGCUAAAUAUCAUCUCAGAGAAGAGCUCCUGGAUGAGACUGAUGUUGAUGAUGUAGUGGUUGCUCUUGUCAACCUGGCUAGGAGAGGGGAAGCUGAAGAUUAUCAAAGUUCAAAAAAGAAGGAGUUCAAGAACUUCAAAGAUAACCUUGUAUCAUUCUGGGACAAUUUGGUCAUUGAGUGUCAAAAUGGGCCAUUGUUUGAUCAGGUUCUGUUUGAUAAGUGUGUGGAUUACAUAAUUGCGCUGUCCUGCACUCCUCCAAGAGUUUAUCGGCAAGUUGCUUCUCUGAUGGGUCUCCAGCUUGUGACAUCCUUCAUCACUGUUGCUAAAAUGCUUGGUGCACAACGAGAAACUACUCAGAGACAAUUAAAUGCUGAAAAGAAGAAACGAACGGAAGGACCUCGUGUGGAGUCACUGAAUAAAAGGUUAUCAACAACACAUGAAAAGAUAACAGUAAUAGAGGAGAUGAUGCGCAAAAUUUUUACCGGGUUAUUUGUGCAUCGAUAUCGUGAUAUUGAUCAGGAUAUUAGAAUGUCAUGCAUACAGUCUCUGGGUGUAUGGAUUAUAUCAUAUCCAUCACUGUUCUUGCAGGAUUUAUAUUUAAAGUACCUUGGAUGGACAUUGAAUGACAAAAGUGCUGGUGUCAGAAAAGCUUCUAUCCUUGCAUUGCAAAAUCUUUAUGACGUGGAUGAUAAUGUGCCUUCUCUUGGCCUUUUUACUGAAAGAUUUUCUAACCGCAUGAUUGAGCUUGCUGAUGAUAUUGAUGUUUCUGUGGCUGUUUGUGCCAUAGGGCUUGUAAAACAACUACUAAGACAUCAACUUUUAGCUGAUGAUGACUUAGGUCCCUUGUAUGAUUUGCUUAUUGACGAUUCAACAGAAAUAAGACAUGCCAUAGGAGCACUAGUGUAUGAUCACUUGAUUGCUCAAAAAUUUAAUAGCUCCCAAUCUCACGCAAAAGGUGAUGAUGGAGAUUCUUCUGAGGUUCAUCUUGGUCGAAUGUUGCAAAUUCUGAGAGAAUUUUCAGCAGAUCCAAUUCUUAGUAUCUAUGUCAUUGAUGAUGUUUGGGAGUACAUGAAUGCUAUGAAAGAUUGGAAGUGUAUUAUCUCCAUGCUUUUGGACGAGAAUCCAUUGAUUGAACUUACUGAUGAGGAUGCAACUAACCUAAUUCGACUUCUUUGUGCAUCUGUUAAAAAGGCUGUAGGAGAGAGGAUUGUUCCUGCUACUGAUAAUCGGAAACAAUAUUACAAUAAAGCUCAAAAAGAAAUAUUUGAACACAACAGACGUGACAUAACUGUCGCCAUGAUGAAGAAUUAUUCACAACUUCUUCGCAAAUUCAUGGCUGAUAAAGCAAAAGUACCAUCAUUGAUUGAAAUUAUUUUGCACAUGAACCUUGAGCUUUACUCCCUGAAGAGACAGGAGCAGAAUUUCAAGACCCUUCUUCAGCUCAUGAGGGAGGCAUUUUUUAAACAUGGUGAGAAGGAUGCUUUGAGAUCUUGUGUGAAGGCUAUUAACUUUUGUUCCAGCGAAUGUCAAGGAGAACUGAAAGAUUUUGCCCAAAAUAAGCUGAAGGAACUUGAGGAUGAGCUUAUUGCUAAGCUUAAAACUGCAAUAAAAGAAGUUGCGGAUGGUGAUGACGAAUACUCCCUUCUUGUAAAUUUGAAAAGGUUAUAUGAACUUCAAUUGUCGAGAUCUGUACCCAUUGAAAGUUUAUAUGAAGAUAUGGUCAUGAUUCUUAAAAGUUCCAAAAGCAUGGAUGAUGAGGUUGUCAGCUUUCUGCUUCACAACAUGUCUUUGCACGUAGCCUGGUGCCUGCAUGCUAUCAUAAAUAGUGACACUGUCUCUGAAGAAUCUUUAUCAUCUCUUUUAUCAAAGCGCACUACCUUGUUUGAGCAACUUGAGCACUUUCUUUACGCCCACACUGAAGUUCAAGAGGAGGGUAAACGUGCAAAUCAGCCAGCUUGCAGAGUGUGUAUCAUACUUGCACAAGUUUGGUGUCUUUUCAAAAAGACAAAAUUUUCAUCAACCAAACUGGAAAGUUUAGGGUAUUGUCCAGAUUCAUCUGUUCUUCAAAAGUUCUGGAAACUUUGUGAGCAACAACUCAAUAUUUCAGACGAGACAGAAGAAGAUGAUGUGAAUCAAGAGUAUGUCGAGGAGACAAAUAGGGAUGCAGUCAUGAUUGCUGCUGCAAUGUUGGUUGCUACUGAUGUGGUUCCUAAGGAGUAUCUUGGUCCAGAGAUCAUUUCUCAUUUUGUGAUGCAUGGAACAAGCAUAGCAGAGAUUGUUAAGAAUCUGAUAGCUGUUCUGAAGAAAAAAGAUGAUGAUGUCCCCAAUAUCUUUCUAGAAGCAUUGAGAAGGGCCUACCACCGCCAUCUGGUGGAGCUUUCCAGAAGUGAUGACACGUCCUUGGCAAGCAAGUCUGUUAAAGAUUGCAAAGAUCUGGCUGCUCGGCUUUCUACAACAUUCAUGGGUGCUGCUCGAAACAAACAUCGAUUGGACAUUUUAAGAAUUGUCAAGGAUGGUAUUGAUUAUGCUUUUGUAGAUGCUCCAAAGCAGCUCUCUUUCUUGGAAAUUGCUGUACUCCAUUUUGUAUCCAGACUUCCUACAUCUGAUGUCCUGGAAAUUCUAAAGGAUGUUCAAAAACGAACGGAGAAUGUAAAUACAGACGAAGAUCCUAGUGGAUGGCGCCCUUAUUACACGUUUAUUGACAGCCUACGUGAGAAGUACUCAAAGAAUGAUGGAUUCCAAGAUGAAAAAGAAGGUACUUCUGUAAGACGCCGAGGUCGCCCACGCAAACGGCGUAAUAUACAGGGCAAAAAACUCUUUGAUGAUCACAGUUCAAGUGAAGAAGAUUCAAUUAGUGCAUCAGAUGAGGAUGCUCGAGAUGAUGAAGAGAGGCAAGGGGAAGAGGAAGAGGAGGAAGCUCCUUUGAUACAAUCUAUUAGAUCAUCAGCCAAGUUGAGGUCAUUGAGAGUUUCAAGAGAGGAAAACAAAGGCCCGACAAAUCCUGGAGAUUCUGGAAGAGCAACAGAUGCUAUAGCCGCUUCCAGAACAUCAGGUACAUUGCCUUUACUCUCUGCAAGGAUUGUUUUAAAAAUCAUUUCUUCGGUUAAGACAUAGGAUUUGGUGCCAUUCUACCAGUUCAUGUGCGGUGUGCUUGUGUCAAACGAUAAAAUGCGGUUUAAAAUUAGCUUCUAUUCAUAACUGAGACUUUUCCUGGGUCACACUUAAGUGCAUCACAACAGACCUUUUGGGGAAUCACUGUCAUAUCACUAAUAUAUCAUAAUUGACUAAAUCAACUAAUACUGUUUGUGAAAUGUCCUAUGGAGCAUAAAUCAAAUCAAGUUCUUGACGCAGUGGGUUUAUUGUUUCUGCUUAUCCCCCCCAAAAAAAGUGUGUUGUUUCUGAUGGAAAAGGAAAAAAAGGAAGUGGGUUCCAAAUGGGAAAUGCACCCAAUGUAUUAUUAGGCUCUCCACCCACCUAAAUGGAAGAAAAACCUUGCUGAAUUAUCCAAAACCAUUGAAUAUAUGGAAUAUGCUUAAUCAUUUGUUCAAGUGUUCCCCGAGUGUUCCUGAAAAUGUGGGAAAUAUUGUCGUUUGUUGAAAUAUCUCCUUCAAUUAAUUUCCUUGGAUGAAUACCUAAUAUCACUACCAUUCAUUGCAUGAGAUGAUAUUUACAAUGACCAUUAAUUUCUGGCAUUAUUGGGACGUCAGGUUUCCUCAAUUAGUUCCCUUUGAUGAGCCACUAAUGCUUCACUGAUUUGAUAUUUACAAUCACCAUGAACUUCUGGCAUCGUUGUGUCAUUCGCCUGAUUUGACAAUUGGGAACUCUCAAAACUGCUCUCAAUCAACUUGAUUUAUUCACACAUUCUAUACUGAUUUGGUAGUUUAGGACUGAUUGAGCAAGGGUGAUUGCUUUUUGUCAGAAAACUUAAUACUACCCCGUGCUACAAAUCCUUUGAAUUCAGAGUUUAAAAUCAAUUUUAUUAUUUUAGUUGUAGAUGGAAAAUGACUGAUGUAUACUGCAAGUUAGCAAAUUUUUCAGGAUACCACAUUAAGGGCAAGCUUUUGUUUUGCUCUUCUGCUCAUCCCAUGUUAUGAUUUUCUUUAUAAAUAUAAUUCUGCCAAGAUUACUAUCUAGUUUUCAUUUUUGCAGGGGCCUCCAGCUAGUGCUGUUCAGUUUUAAUCUGCAUAUGAUCUAGUAGUUCUACAGAGCUGAA